AUGGGGUCCCCACCAACAUAUACCGAGGCCCAGCUUGAAGCAUACUUCAAGCGCAUAGGGUACCCCAACACGAAUGACACCGUGUUGAAAGAAUUGCGCGAGAAAGUCAAAACAGAUGGUCUCACAACAUUAUCCGAUCUAAUGAGGCGGCACCUCUGUGCCAUUCCGUGGGGCAAUUCUGGACUGCACUAUUCGCAGCACCAUACCAUUUCUUUGCACCCGGAAGCCCUGUUUGAAAAGAUUGUUGAGCGCAGGCUUGAUGGGUACUGUAUGGAGAAUUCGGGGUUGUUCUUCAUUGUCUUGCGAUCUUUGGGGUUCCAUGUAUACGCUACUGGUGGGCGAGUGAGCCGUGCUGCUGCGACAGGGGUGGAUGAUGGGCGGUAUAUGUCAUAUGGACAUAUGAUUUUGAUUGUGGUCAUUGACGAAGAGAAAUAUAUGGUGGAUGUUGGAUUUGGUAAUAACUGUGCAACUGCACCUCUACCUCUCCGCGAAGGAGCAACAGCUACACAUAUUGGGCCUUCAGAAAUGCGACUCAUCAAAGAUAGCCUAGUCGAAUUCAUCGAUAAAGAGCAGAAAGUUUGGAUCUACCAGACUAGAUACAACCCUACCAGUGUUUGGGUGCCCAACAUCUGCUUUUCAGACGUGGAGUUUCUACCCCAAGAUUUCGCAAUGAUCAAUUUCUCCGUCAGUCAGAAACGUACUAGCUGGUUUGGUCAGAUCUUCGUUUGCAUGCGGAUGAUUAUGGAUCCAAGCGAGAAACAGAUUAUCGGGCAAUACGUCAUGUCUGGUAAGGAAGUGAAGAAACGAGUCCACGGGCAGACAGAGAUCUUGCAGAUCCUCCACAAUGAAGAAGGCCGAGUCAAAGCGCUCGCCAAGUACUUUGGUAUGUCUCUGCGCCAGAGCGAAAUCCAAGGGAUCCAGGGUUUGACUUCGGAGCUCAGAUAG